ACAUUUAAUAACUAAAGCAUGGGAAUUGCAGUCCUUUGCGCUAACUAUAAUGAAAACGGAAGAACGCCACUUUGCAGAGGCAUGUGCAGAACAGUUUCAAACUGUGGCAUGCAAGUGGGAAAUUGAAAGAAAAGUUACAACCAUUGGGACUGACAGUGCACGCAAUAUGAUUGCUGCGGCUCGUAUUCUACCAUACGAGCAUAUGCCCUGUAUCGCGCACGUCAUACAGAGAAGCAUCACUGUGAGUCUCGCUGACAGCGGAUUUGUUCCUGCAUUAGCCAAGUGUCGCAAGAUUGUGGGACAUUUUAAACACAGCCCGGCAAACUUAACGGAGCUGAAUGCAGAGCAGGUGAAACUCGGACAGCAGCAGGAGCCACUGAUCCAAGACGUUCCAACGCGGUGGAAUUCCACACUUGAAAUGGUCAAACGCAUCAUCCCCAAUCAAGCAGCAAUAAAAGCAACCCUGGAUCAACAGCAGCAUAAUCUCGUCAUGCUGACGCCAGCAGAAUGGGAUAAACUCCAGAGACUGGAGACCCUUCUAGAGCCCUGCCGGUAUGUGACUCAGAUCCUGGGUGGGGAGGCCUACGUCUCCUGCUCAGUGGUACUACCUGCCCUCUGCCACUUACACCGUGUAAUGGAAACUUCUGAUGAGGACCCUGCAUACAUGAUUAGAUUUAAGACCAAAUUCAAAGACGACCUAGGCUCCCGCCAAGAACACACCAACAAUGCAUGGCUCAAGAUUGCAACCGCACUGGACCCACGUUUUAAGGACUUGAAAAGUGUGCCCAAGGCAGACAGAGAGGAGGUGUGGACCAAACUUGGAGGCCUUCUGCGUGAAUCACCUGGAAGACCUUCACACACUACUGAAGAUGGGCCACCCAAGAAGAAAAUGAACCUUCUUCUACAGCUGGGCUCAGAUUCAGAAUCAGAUGAAGAGGUACAGCCUGACAGAGCCUUACACAGGUACAGAGCAGAGCCCACCAUUGAAAUGACGGACUGUCCCUUGCAGUGGUGGUCAUCUCAUGCAGGAGCCCAUGACAAGCUGGCUCCGUUGGCUCGGAAAUAUCUAGCCACUCCUGCAUCCUCAGUUCCCUGUGAAAGACUCUUCUCACUUGCCGGUCACAUUGUGCAAAAGAAGCGGUCAGCUUUACUCUCAGAAAAUGUGGACAAAUUGGUUUGCCUCAGUAACUGGCUAAAGGAUGAAUAGAGAAGCGGGCCACAUGUAAUUGUGUAGGCCAUGUUCUUUUGGUUUGAUAAAAAAGAGAAAUCUCUUUGUUUUUCCUUUGUUGAAGAGAAAUGGCCAAGAU